AUUUCUGAUGAAAGAUUAUUUGAUUGCGCACAUCUGCUUUUGACGUACCAGAACGCGGAUGGAGGAUGGGCGACGUAUGAGAACAACAGAGGCUUCGGCUUCUAUGAGUGGAUGAAUCCAAGCGAGGUCUUCGGAGACAUCAUGAUAGACUACUCUUAUGUCGAGUGCUCCUCUGCAUCCAUGACAGCUCUGGCAGCUUUCAAGAAGUUUUAUCCUCAUCACAGAUCGAAGGAAAUCGAUGGAGCUCUUAAGCGAGGGGCUCGUUUCAUCCGCAGCAUUCAACGGCCCGACGGCAGUUGGUAUGGCAGCUGGGGUGUUUGUUUCACGUAUGGAACAUGGUUCGGCAUCGAAGCGCUUAUGACAGCCGGAUGCUCCUCCGACGACGGUAGUGUGAGACUUGCAGUCAACUUCCUUCUUUCCAAGCAGAACAACAACGGCGGAUGGGGUGAGUCCUACCGAUCCUGCGUCGACAAGGUUUACGACGGGAGCGAGGUGACAAGCAUUCGUCUGCAGCCCUGCUACGGUCGGGGAGGCUCUGGAGUCGUGCAGACAGCGUGGGCGCUGCUCGGCCUCAUGGCAGCCAAGGUUCAUCUCCCCGAGGAGGUUUAUGUCCAUGCGGUGGAGCAAGGAAUCAAGUAUCUCAUGAGUAUGCAAACUCCAGCAGGGGACUGGGAGCAGCAGGAAGGAAUCACAGGCGUCUUCAACCGCAGCUGCGGCAUCACCUACACUCAGUACCGCAACAUCUUCCCUCUAUGGGCACUUGGCAGAUAUGACGAAUGGAAACAACAUGCAACGAAGUGA